AUGGGUAUCUGGGAUCAAUUCUACGAGAAAGCCAAGUCCUUUUUUACUACAAGUGAUGAACCCAGUGCUAGUACAGAGCCGCCAAAACCUCGUUGCUAUUAUGAAUUAUUGGAAGUCGAAAGAAAUGCCACAGAUGAUGAAAUUAAAAAAUCAUUUAAAAAACUUGCUUUGCGUUGGCAUCCUGAUAAAAAUCCUGGAAGAGAGGAGGAAUGCGCUGCUUAUUUUAUUUUAAUUCAGCAAGCCUAUGAAGUACUUGUUGAUCCCCAAGAAAGGGCAUUUUAUGAUAGACAUCGCGAAAAUAUUAUUUAUGCUGGUGUUGAUUCUCAGCAGGAGAAAGUUGACACAGGUGUUAAACUCGAGCCAUUCAGGAGCACUUCUUGUUGGCAACACAUGUUUACAAGUGAAGAGGAGUGUGUUGAGAAAUUUUAUUCUGUAUAUCGCGAUCUUUUCCAUCAACUGGCUGCAGAAGAGUAUGCUUAUAUUGAUGACCCUGAAGAUAGAAAUUAUCCUGUUUUUGGCACUCUAAAUAGCGAUUAUGAAACUGUUGUCGCCCCGUUCUACGCAUUUUGGUUAAAUUUUUCAACUCGUCGUUCCUUUGCUUGGCUAGAUAAAUAUAAUUUGAGGGAAGCUGAUGAUAGACAUACUGCUCGUUAUAUGGAAAGGGAAAAUAGAAGGGAAAGGACACAAGGCAAGAAAAAACGAAAUGAAGAAGUUCAGAGAUUAGUAGAAUUUGUUCGUAAACAUGACAAACGCGUCGAAGUCGCUAGACAACGUCAAGCUGAACGAAAUGCUUUUAUCAUGAAAAAAGUUGAAGAACAGCAACGACAAGCUAUUAGAAAAAAUUUGGAAGGCCUAAAGAACUUUGAAAUCGACACGGAAAUUCAGAAAGAACAUUUAAUGGAUCUUGAACAAAUUGAGGCUGAAUUGGAUGCUGCUUUUGGUAUUGUUGAGAAUAAAAAACAUGAAAAUGACGGGGCAAGCGAUGAGGAAAACCUUUCUGAUGAAGAUGACGAAGAGCAGUUUUAUUGUAUUGUUUGUGAAAAGUCUUUCAAAUCAAGAAAUGUUCUGGAAAGCCAUCAACGCUCAAAAAAGCAUCGCCAAAUGGCCGAAUUAUUAAAAAUUCACAUGUGUGAGGAAGAUCAGAAGCUCUUUGAUGGUGCUCAAAAUCAACAUUCUGAUGAUGAAAAUGUUGAAGAAAAGACAAAAGAAAAUAAAAAGACGAAAAAGAAAAAGGAAAAGAACGAGCCUAAAAUAAAUAUAGAAGAAGAAGAAAAUUCUAAUAAAAAUAUUGAAGAAAUUGGUAAUAAUGAAGAGGAGGAAGGUCAAAAAGAAGACGAGUUAACUGAACAGGAAAAUAAUAUCCCUAAAAAGAUGACAAAAACAGCAAAAAGGAAAGCUGCUAAACAGGCACUAAAAACUGAGGUAAUCCUUGGGACAACCCUGAAGACCUUCAACUUUUGA